UUCUUUCAAAGAAAAAAACAAAUCUAUUGAUACAGAAAUGCAAAAUAAUCACAAAUAUGCACAAAAUCCAUGUCAUAAAGCUGGCAGCAAUUAUAGGAAAGCUUCUAGCUACAACAUGCACAGUGUACCUAGCAAGACUAAAGUUUUAGAAAUUGCUAAGGCUGAAGAACAAAACUAUAAAGUUAGGUGGCUGGAACACCUCUUUAGAUCUAUUAGUAAAGGCAAAAGAACAAUUACAAUGAUGAGUAGAUCAACUGAAGAAUUGGAAUGGACAAUCGAUAAUCCCAGAAAUACCAUUAGGCAUUUACAGAAAAAGGAUCUUAAUAAACAGAUUGUGGAACAAGAAAGAACAGAAACUUCACAUCAGCUUAUUAGAGAUGAAAGCAAUUCAAUUCACAAUAAUAACAUUCAAGGACUUGACAGGAAAGACAGUACUGAUCAAGACGGACAAUUUAGCAUGUGUGGCAUAUCUCAACCACCAGGGUGGGGUAGUUCACCAGAAAUCAGUUCUGUAGCAAAAGCAAUUUGGGAAAUAUGCCUCGAAAGGAAAAUCAAGUUGAAGACUCAACAUGCGCCAGGGAUUCACAAUGUAAUAGCAGACUAUGCAUUCCAACUUCGCUUCAACAAACAUGAUUGGAUGCUGAACCCCAAAAUAUUCAAAAAGAUACACAACAGAUGGGCCUAUAUUGAUACCCAGAAUUUUAGCCAAAGAUCAGAAGGAACGAGCCUUUAUAUGUCUAAUAACACCCUUAUGGACAUCAGCGAGCUGGUUCCUAGCUCUAUUAGAUAUGAUAAUAGACUUACUUUGAGUUCUACUGACAAAGAACCUUCUACUCCCAGGCCUGAUAUCAGGCACCAUACCUCAACUGAGAACAAACUAUCUGUCAAGGCCCUUGACCCAAAUUCAACUAGCACUCAAAUGAAAGAAAAUCAUACAACACCAUCACCGCAUAUAGAUCAAUCAAAUCUGCCUACUGAAUCAGGGGACGAGAUAUAUGACAUCACACCAUCUUUGAACUAUAUUGUAUUCUUAGGAGAUAAUGAUCGUUUACCUUUGAUAACUCUUGUGAAAAAAACAGCCUUUUUAUGUGCUCUUUCAUCGGCUUGUCAUGGAAUUAAUAAAAAACGCAUGAAGAUAUUUAUUGGUAAAUAUCAGGAAAGCGCAGAAUUAUGCCUAGCUAUGACCCUACACCAUUAUGUGUUUAGAACAAAAGAACUUCGACAUUCUGAGGACCAGAAAACUGCAUUGUUCUUAUCUAAUGUAGGCCUUCACAAGCCGGCAGCAGUUGAUACCACUGCCAAUUGGCUAAAAGAUAUUGUUAGAAAGUCUGCGCCUGAUGGAAAAGCCAAAGACAUUCGUGUAUUAUCGGCAUUAUUAGCCCAGAAUGUGGGCGCUGACUUAAACUCAAUUCUAGCAUUAGUAAACUGGUCAAAUUUACACACAUAUCAACGUUUCUACCAAUGGGGUAUCAAAUUGAUGUUAGAACAAAAUAACAUUACCGAAAAAAUUAUGAAUCAAGCUAGAGGAUCGUAUGAUAAUUUACUUUAA